AUGGGUUCAGUUUCCAAGCUACCAUCACGCAUGAACCAGUUGCUCUUGUCAGGCUGUGGUAUCACAGAGUUUCCAGAGUUCGUAAGAAACCUACAACAUAUUUCUGACUUAGACCUCUCCAACAACAAAAUCAAAGGUCAAGUGCCGCAAUGGGUAUGGAAACUACCACAGUUGAUGAUACUUAAUCUUUCCACCAACUCUUUUACUGGUCUCGAAAGAUUCUCAAAUGAUUUCCCAAGACCGAAGAUUAUUUUGUUAGAUUUGAGUUUAAAUGCGUUCCAAGGACCGUUAGUUAUCCGACCAGUCUAUAUGGAAGCCCUGCUCGUCUCCCAAAACAACUUCACGGGAAAGAUCCCGCGAUCAAUUUGUCAGCUAAGCUCUCUACAAGUCCUUGAUUUAUCGAACAACAACUUCACCGGCUCAAUACCUCGGUGUUUAAAGAAACUGAAUAACUAUCUCUCAGUGCUUAACCUCCGCAAUAAUCAACUCAGUGGAAACGUUCCAGAAAUAUUUACCAAUGCUACCAAGUUAAUUUCACUUGACGUCAGCCACAACAAAUUGGUGGGAACACUUCCAAGGUCUUUGAAAAGCUGCUCUAGCUUGGAAGUUUUCAACGUGGGAAGUAACGAAAUCAAUGGCUCUUUUCCAUUCUGGUUGAAUUCUUUGCCUAAGCUACAAGUACUUGUACUCCGCAACAACAAAUUCAACGGACUCUUAUACAAUCUUCAUCAUACUUUUGGGUUCCCCAAGCUGCAAAUCAUUGACAUAGCCAACAAUCACUUCACCGGGAACUUGCCAUCAUACUACUUUGCUGAUUGGAACAUGACAACACGUAAAGAUUUUUCAGGAUUUGACUACAUUGGAUAUGGUGGAGGUUAUUACUACGACUCGAUGAGUAAAGGACUAGAGAUGAAACUACGGAUUUUUACACUCCCAACAGCCAUCGAUUUUUCGGGAAACAAACUCCGAGGAAAGAUCCCUCAAUCCAUUGGUAUGCUCAAGGAUCUUAUAGUGCUUAAUAUGUCAAGUAACGGUUUCACUGGUAACAUCCCUUCAUCUUUGGCGAAUCUUACUCAACUUGAGUCACUAGACUUAUCACAUAACAAGCUCUCAGGUCAUAUCCCACCUACUCUCGGAGACCUCACUAGCCUAUCUAACAUUACGGUUUCACACAACCAGCUCGUCGGUCCAAUACCACAACGCGCACAGUUUCAAACACAAGAUGCUUGGUCUUUUGAAGAAAACUUUGGACUAUGUGGUCUUCCUCUUAGUAAAAGUUGUGGAAACGUUGACAUGGAGCAACCACAAGAGCAAGAAUCAGAGGAAGAAGAAGAAGUAAUAAGUUGGAUUGCAGCUGCCAUAGCGUUAGCACCUGGAGUCAUCUUUGGAUUGACAAUUGGACACAUUGUCAUUACACAAAACCCUCAAUGGUUCGUGACCGGACGUCGAUGA